AUGUCGCUGUAUAAUUUUGAUGCUGUUCUGUUUCCUCCUAGGAGCUGCUGUGGUCUUUGGUAUGAUCACACGGCUUAUUCUGAGUGCAAGGAAAACCCUGAGAAAGCUCUGUACAAAGGAGGAAUCCUUAAAGAUAAUGUUCUGCAAGAGGUCCCAAGAGGAUCAUUUGAGCAUUCCCCUGCUUUUCUGCUACAUAAUCUUCCUGUUUGGGUUAAGAUAAAGGGAGCAGAUUCUACACUUAUAAGGGCAAGCUUAACAUCGGAAAAUGAAAAUUACAGCUGCAUAGGCAGUGUCAUUGCUAGCAGUGGAUGCUGGUCAUUUUUGAAGGGUGGUUUUACACUACUUUCACCUUCUAAACUGUCAACACUUUAUUUUCAGAAUUCAAGAGGAAAUGUUGAUAUUGAACUCUCAAGUGCUUCGCUACUACCAUUUACAAAUGAUGAAUGGAAAACAGAUCAGCAAAGUAAGAUAAAAUCUGUAAGGACUUCCUCUGCCAUUCCAUUCUGCUUUGCUAUCCAAAGACUUAGAAAACGUGCUGCAACAAUCCAUGUGUCCGAUGAAUAUGGAAAUCGGCUGCAAGGAGCAGAAAUUACCUUGCAACAAGUUUCUAAGGACUUUCCCUUGGGUUCAGCUAUAUCAAAAAACAUCCUAGGAAAUUUGCCUUACCAGGAAUGGUUUGUAAAGAGAUUCAAUGCAGCUGUAUUUGAGAAUGAGCUAAAGUGGAGUGCAACAGAACCUAAACCAGGGAAACUAAACUACACUAUCCCAGACAAACUGCUAGAUUUUGUUAGGUCCAACAAGCUAAUUGCAAGAGGCCACAACAUUUUUUGGGAAGCUCCAAGCUACACCCCAUCAUGGGUACUAAAUCUAACAGGCUCAGACCUCGAGCAGGCCGUAAACUCCCGAAUAGCAAGCCUGAUGGACAAGUACAAGGGAGAGUUCAUACACUGGGAUGUCAGCAAUGAGAUGCUCCACUAUGGGUUCUAUGAAGACAAGCUCGGGCCUAAUGCAACAUUGAGCUUUUUCGAGACAGCCCAUCAGGCUGACCCGUUAGCAACCCUUUUCAUGAAUGAGUUCAAUGUGGUGGAGACUUGUAAUGAUGUGAAUUCAAGUGUUGAUUCUUACAUUGCAAAGUUGAGAGGGCUCCAACUAGGUGGAAUUGUAAUGGAUGGUAUUGGGUUGGAGGGUCAUUUCACAGUUCCAAAUCCGUCGCUUAUCAGGGCUACCUUAGAUAAGUUGGCCACACUCGGGCUUCCCAUUUGGCUUACUGAGAUUGAUAUUAGCAAUACCCUAGACAAACAAACACAGGCUACAUAUUUAGAAGUGGUAUUGAGAGAAGGUUUCUCCCAUCCAUCAGUAAAAGGAAUAAUUUUGUGGACAGCCUUAAACCCUUAUGGAUGCUAUAGAAUGUGCUUGACAGACAACAAUUUCCAAAAUCUCCCUGCUGGAGAUGUCGUGGACCGCCUUCUUAAGGAAUGGCAAACAGAGGAAAUUCAAGGAGAUACUGAUAAAUAUGGCUCCUAUAGCUUCUCUGGUUUCUUAGGAGAAUACAAUGUUCAUGUUGUAUUUAAAAACAAAACUACAAAUUCCACAUUCUCACUCAGCCAAAGUGAUGAAACCAAGCAUAUUAACAUCAAAUUGUGACUUCACCACUAGUUUACUAAGCUAAGUUUUAGCUUUUAAACAUACAACAAAUUAAAGU